GAAAUAUAUCUCUUAUUAUUACUAAUCACGGUUGCUGCUGCGCCUUUUCCCUCCAAAAUACACCACCGAUUUCUAGCGAAUGAAUGUGGCGCUACAGAUUUAUUAUGGUUAUUACGAGCACCCUCAUAAAAUCAGAGUACCACCUAACAAUCUUGUAACCCAUCUCAUAUCUCAAACAAAGCCGAGAGGACCAUCCUUCUCCACGACCUUCUACUUCUUCCUUUAAUAAUAAACCUCCUGACUCUUCACACAAUCACCUUUUUUCUUUUCUUCCUUUCCCCUACUUCACCCUUUACAUUCAUUCGCCCACAACUCGAGUUUGGUUCCUGGGCCAUUUUCCUUUUCUGUCUUAUUCGAAUCCCCAAAUCAAUUUUAAGAUGAGUUCGCAACGAUAUGAGAGGGUGUCUGCGAACGAUGAAGAUACCCCUCCGACACCUACAUCCCCUCCGCCGUCCUUCCGAUCGCGAGGUUCCUCUCCUUCACGACAUCACGUAGCGCCUGUCGACCAGAAUCUAGCGGAUACUUUUGGUGACGACGGAUCUGACGAUGAGGAUAACGAUGGAGAUGAUAGACAACGAUUAAUGCGUGGAAAUCCUUCUUCGUCAACGGAGAGAUUGCAUGAAGCGACGAGCGAUGAUCGACCAACUGCUCAGAGAACAGUAACGGCCGUGCCGACAUUUGUACCGCCAACGGGUGGAAGGGUUUAUGGCGGCGGUUCGGGAUCGGAUGGUGUUUUUGCGAAUCUGAGUGCUAAGCCUGAGAGAGGCGAGAAACAAGAAGAACAUCCCCCUACAUACGAACAAGCCGCCGCAGAUGCCGCACCACCAUACUGGGAAACCACCAUUCUCGCUCCCGGGCUUGGCGGACUAGAUGAAGUAUAUGUCGAAGGCCUUCCAGUUGGCUCCUUAUUCUCUUUCAUCUGGAACGCUAUGAUAUCCAUGUCUUUUCAACUCGUUGGUUUCCUCCUCACAUAUCUAUUACACACCACUCACGCCGCCAAAAAUGGAUCUCGUGCCGGUCUCGGAAUUACGCUUAUCCAAUACGGUUUCUACAUGAAAGGCACGAAUAAUGUCGUUACGCCACCUUCAGGGGCAAGUGAUGCAUCAUAUGCUCAACCGCCCGAUCCAAAUUCUCAUGAUUUCGACCCCGACAAGGUUAACGCCGCUGCUACUGCAGGAAUGGAUUCGGGAAGUGGAGGGAUCGGUGAUAUCGCUAGUAGUGAAUGGUUUGCGUACGCAUUGAUGAUUGUUGGAUGGUUCAUCUUGAUUAGAGCGUUUAGCGAUUUCAUUAGAGCGAGGAGACAUGAACAAUUGGUGUUACAAAGCCCAGAUCGUGGAUUACCAGUUCCUAUUAUUGCGACUGGAGAGGAGAGUGAAACUAUUGUUUAGGGACGGAUAAAUGGAUAUGGUUGGGUGGGGAUAUGGACAACUGGAAUGAUAGGGAAGAUAUUCUUCACACGUAAAGUAAAGCAUAGAAGCUUACCCGGAGUUUACAUGGACAGGCUAGGCUAGGAUGGAUUCAAGAGAUUAUGGAUGGGAGAUAGGGAAGGGAUUACUUUAAACAAGAAUUCCUGAUAGGGUUGCUAUAACUUUUUUUUUAAAAACUUUUUAAAUAUCAUCUGGUUGGACAAGCGGGCGUUAGAUAAUCUCAUUCUCCCUUUUUCCUUCUUGUAUUCUGGUAUGGGGGGGGUUUUUUUUUGCUACUGCUUAUAUCGAUACAUUAGUGUCGGCUAGCUAAGUAAGGAGUGUGAAGACUGAGUAGAUGAUGUAUCAAGUUGAGAUAUAUAAUGAAUAUAUGGGAUUUUUACACACUUACAAUUGCUCGAGUAUAAUUACACAUAUAAUUAUAGUUUGAUAUUAUCAGAUUCACAUCCACACCCACAUCCACAUCAAGAUUCACAUUAAUAAGAUCA